GCGAUUCUGGCGCCUCUGGCUGACGAGUGUGCCGGAUCACAAUGCGUUGAGGCGGCUCAUAGGGGUUGAACUUGACUGAGGUGAGCGGGACUGCGGCCUACGCAGAGCCUUCGAGGCCGGAAUCAACGCCGUCUCUACCGCUCAAUCGGUGUUUGAGAGCUGCCGCUGCCCGAUGCUGGAGCAGGUUUCCCGGGUGGGCCUGCUCGGAGUGGCCGUGGCUUUAGUCGGAAGCAUCAUUUAUGUCGCCUGGGACCGUCUGUUUGGAGAUUAUAGACCGGCGAUCCAAGCGCAGGAUGAGGAAAACACAAAGCAAGUUCUUGUCGUUGGGCUUGAUGGCGCAGGGAAAACAAGUGUUCUGCACAGUCUGUCUACCAACACAGUCAAAAGGAGUCAUGGGCCUACUGCGAUGUUUAACAGUGUGUGUGUUAAGACUGAAGAUGCUGAGAUAGAAUUUUUAGAAGUUGGCGGCAGUAAAUCUCUGCGUAAAUGUUGGUCCACUUACCUACCGGGAUCACAGGCCUUGGUUUAUGUGGUGGAUUCAGCAGACCGUAAUCAGCUGCCACUUGCUAAGAGAGAACUUCACCAACUGGUCCGAGGACAUGAAACACUUCCUGUUGUUGUUUUAGCCAACAAACAGGAUAUUAAAGGAGCCUGCACUAUUUCAGAAAUCCAUGAGCAGCUUUCCCUUGCGAAUUUAGGUGAUAAAAGGAAGCUUUUCCUCAUUGGAACACAUGUUGCUGAAGAUGGAUCGCAAAUACCAACAAGUAUGCAGGAUGCCAAGGAACUUAUUACCCAGUUGGUGAUCUACUGAGGAGUGAAUUUGCACACAAUUUUUCUAUUUCUGCCUUGAAUUCCUUUACAUCAUUGUAUUUGAUGUAAUAUUUUUACUAAACUACUAUCGGGUCAUAUUUGAUUGUGAUGUAGAAACUUUUUCAAUAUAAAGAAAUCAUUGUUUUAACAAAGAGAUAGUAAGAACUGCUGAUGCUGGAGUCAGAGAUAACAGUGUGGAGCUGGAGGAACACAGCAGGCCAGGAAGCAUCAGAGGAGCAGGAAUGUUGACAUUUCGGGUUGGGUUUUUCUGAAGAAGGGUCCCAACCUGAAAUGUCAACUUAUUGUUUUAACAGCUUGGGUUUGGAAAAAUCAAUACUGUUUGCACAUGAUCGGCACUGGGUUGCACAUUUAAUGAUAAUAUUAGAAGCUUUUGUAAUAGGUUAAUCACUGUACGCUUCUACUGUAUAAUUUGCUGUAAGAGUUACAUUGUGUGUUUCUAAUUAGUGAACAUUGGGACUGGAGAACCUUUAAUAACGGUUAAGAUUUGCAACAGAAAUCUCUGCACAUCUGUUUAAAUCAAAACGAAUGCAGAUGCACAUGACUGUAAUUACUGUGCACAAGAAAAACAUACAUUAGAAACUUGUGUUUUUGAGUGGUGAUAAUGCAGUCAGUCUUUAUUUUGCAGUUUCCAAUAUAUAAGCCAGCUGUAUUCAUAGAAGUGAAUGCAAGAGGUUAAAAGUUUCCUUUUCUCACCGGGCAUUUCUGGAUAUUACAGAGUAUGGUAUGGUUUUCACCCCCACUUGUCUUUUGAAUGCAGUGAUGAUUUUUCUUUCAUCAUUCAUGAGAUGAGGGUGUCACUGGCUAGGCAGCAUUUAUUGUCCAUCCCUAAUUACCCGGAAGGCAGUUAAGAGUUGACCACAUGGCUGUGGGCCUGGAGUCACAUGUGGGCCUGACCAGGCAAAGGUGGCAGUUUCCUUCCCUAAAAGACAUGAGUGAGCUAGAUGGGCUUUUCCUGACAAUCAACAAUGGAUUCACAGUCAUCAUUAGAUUCUUAAUUCUUGAUAUUUAUUGAAAUCAAAUUCCACCAUUUGCCAUGGCAGGAUUUGAACCUGGGUGCCCAGAAGAUUAUCUGGGUCUCUAUUUACAGUUCAGUGAUCAUACCACCAGGUCGUUGCCUCCCCCACUUAACUAAGGAUGUUGAAACCUCAGCAACUUUAUAGAAAUCCAGCUUGAAUUCGGUAGCCUGUCAUAGUGUAAAAGUGAAUGUAGCCUCUUCCGGUCAAAUCCAUUGAUUUACUUAAUCCGUACAGUUUUCUUUUGAAAUCACUCAAUCAUCUUUGCUUCUACCUAAGUAGGCAGCAAGUUCAAUGUUUUUACCAGUUGUGUAGAAAUAAAACUCUCCUCACAAUCA